GAGUAAAGAGGCUGGUGUUGAAAAGAGUCGAAACAGAACCCAUUGUGGUGUUGGAGAGGAGUGAGCAGCUGCCUGAGAGAACAAGAAAAGAGGCAAUACCGUAACCGCGGACGGGACUCGCAACACGCGGACAGAUAUGGACGUUAAUUCACCGCACGGACGCGGUUGUCCUUUGUAAAGAGGAGUCCGUCGUCCAGUCGGAAACAUCCGGUAAACGAAGAGUUAAGGACUCGACAGCUCAACUGUUUAUUUCAGCGGCUAGCAGGCUAGCUGGCUAGAUACCUAAGAGCUAGAAAUGGGAAGCCCGUUUGAGUGUGCUUGAUAGAGAUCUUCGUCGAGCUUUGAAGAAGCAGCUUUCGGCUGAGAUACAAUCGCCGGUGUUUUAAAGUCCCCUCUCGUCCGCCUCGUAAGUAGCCGCAACUUUGAAGAAUGAUAUCAGCUGAGCGCUAACCAUUUCACUACUACAAAGCCGGAGAGGGGGGAAAAGUCACAGAACUGCUCGCCCAAGUUUACAUACAAACUGCAGAGAGAACAUGACGCACUGGCCACUGCCAAAGUCUGGCACAGUGCAGCUGUGCCAACCUCGCCCCUGUCUGCCGCUUUAGAAGGUUCCCCUUUGCACCAUGACGGAGAGGCAUUGAGGUUAGCUCCCUGACGAUCAUCUCAAUACCUCUCCUCCUCCUCCUCUUCCCCUGUCCCUCAACACCCCACUCCUGACCCAUCCACAUCAUGCUGCGCUUCCUGCCUCUCAAACUUGGCCGCCUGUACCGCUGUCUAAAGCUCCUGUUGGUGGUGGGAUUGUUUGUCAUCUUGUUGAUGAACACCCACAACCUGUUCGCGUCCUUCCAGAAGAAUGAGCUCACGGACAGACGAUUCAUCAAUCUCAACAAGUGUCCCGCCUGCUUUGGGACCAGCUGGUGCCGCAAGUUCAUGAACGGCCAGGUUUCCUUUGAGACCUGGGGUCGCCUGCGGUUUCUAGACGUUUUCAAUGUCAAGAAUGUUUACUUCGCGCAGUACGGAGAGCCCAGGGAGGGCACUCGUCGCGUGGUGCUUAAACGGCUCGGCUCCAACCAGGAGUUGGCCGAGAUAGACCAGAAAAUCUGCAAGAGGGCCACAGGCAGGCCGCGAUGUGACCUCAUCCAGGCAAUGUACAAGACUGAAUUUGCCCGGAUCAACGGCGAUGUUCGACUGCUUACUCCAGAUGUGGUAGAGGGCUGGUCAGACUUGGUGCACUGCCCCUCUCAGAGACUGCUGGACCGUGUGGUCCGCAGGUACGCCGAAACCAAGGACUCUGGCAGCUUCCUGCUAAAGAACCUCAAGGACACGGAAAGAAUGCAGCUGCUCAUGACGCUGGCAUUUAACCCGGAACCACUCGUAUUGCAGAGCUUUCCGUCAGAUGAAGGGUGGCCGUUCGCCAAGUACCUGGGAGCAUGUGGGCGCGUGGUAGCUGUCAACUACGUAGGUGAGGAUCUGUGGAGCUUCUACAAUGCGCCGUGGGAGAAGAGGGUAGACUUGGCACGCCAGCUGAUGGACAUUGCCGAGCAGCUCACCAACAAUGACUUUGAGUUCGCCCUCUACCUGCUCGAUGUCAGCUUUGACAACUUUGCGGUCGGCCCACGUGACGGAAAGGUCAUCAUUGUCGACGCCGAGAACGUUCUUGUGGCCGACAAAAGGCUCAUCAAGCAGAACAAGCCGGAAAACUACGACGUGUGGUACGAGAGCCGGUUUGAGGAGUGCGACCGGGAGGCCUGUCUGUCUUUCUCCAAGGACUCUCUUUGUUCCAGGGUCACUGUGGACCACAACUACUAUGCCAUAUGUCAAAACCUGCUGUCACGGUAUGCUACAUGGCGGGGCACCACUGGAGGUCUCCUCCACGACCCGCCUGCCCACAUAGCCAAAGAUGGACAACUCAAGGCUCUGUUGGACGAGUGCACCAAACCCAAAAAACGUUACGGCCGCUUUCAGGCAGCAAAGGAACUGCGCGAAUACCUCACACAGCUAGCUGCCGCUUCCUCCUCUGCCAUGGCCAGGUAAUGAAUGGAGUCGGCGUUAGUCUGACGCAAUGAGAGACUGAAUUCUGUAUUUUUGUCUCUGGACUCUUGAGAUCCUGGUUCUUGUUCAUGAUGUCAUUUGUUCUCCUUUAUGCUUUGGAGCUGGAAGGUGUUAGCUCUUGCAUCAGGAAGGGUAAGAAUCAAACUUCAAAGCUGAUUUCUCAAAGCUGUAGCUUUUACCUUACUUUGCUCCUGUGUAAAAGAGGAAUGUGGCGCUAUAAAAUUCUGGUUAGAACCAGGAUGGAGAGGGAAUUGAGGUAAAUUCUCCCCACCCAGGGUGGGCUGCCAUCUCUGGGGGAUGGGAAGAUGAGAAAGGGCUCUGGUAAACGCAUCCUUCACUGGACACAGGCUUACACAAACCAGAGCGUCCAAGCGGCCGCGGCAACAUGACAUAGCACCGACCACGUCGAUCCUCCUGCCAUUCCUCAGUCCAUCCGAACUGUUGUGUUUGAUCGUAAGACUAAUUUCUCUUGUUUAAAUUUGCUGUUCUUUUCAAAACUGAAUCCAAGUUUAAGUUUUUCUUUUAUUUUUUUCCUUCCUUUUUUUUGCUGUGCCAUGGCUUUGCCCCCCUCUGUAGCAUUGCUGCAGAGAAGGUGGAAGUAGCAUGAAUCUGCCGUCUGGCAACAGAAAAGGCCAGGCUGCAUCAAGUUUAGAUGAUAAACAGAAAGUUUGGAGUUUUCAUUUUCAUGCAGGACGAAAGGAAAACCCUUGAUGUCUGUAGAAGUAUAAUUCCCUGCUAUUCCAAACAAUCACCUGAUCUCAAAGUUAUAGAAUUGAUGCAAUCAUCCCCC